AGGCCACCACGCUGACGUCUCCGCUUCCCACGCACCAUCGCUGCCUCCCUCCAACCCCCGCUCCUCCACUGCCGCCGCAUCCGUUGCCGGCCGGGCGCCGGCCACCGUAGCCGCUACCGCGGGCGCAGCGCCUCCCCUCUUCUUCCGCAUUUCCUCCGAUCCCCCACCUCCCCCUACCCCUCCUACCGCUCGGUCCCGCCGUUCCACCACCGGCUUCCCAGCGGCCCCGGGUCAUGGCGGCAGCGUUGGGCGCGGCGGCGCUCCGGCGGCUGCACGCGGCGCUGCCCCCGCGCCUGAAGAGGCUCGCGGUGCACCCUCCCAAAUCCGUGGAAGUUGAAUUUGCGGAUGGCAGCUCCUUCCAUCUAUCUGCUGAGUUUCUUAGAGUAUAUAGCCCAGCAGCUGACAGCAAAAUCAGAUCAGUAGGUGGUGAGAAGGUUAUAUUUGGGCGGCGACAUGUUGGAAUAAUGUCAGCUGAAUCAGUAGGAAAUUAUGGAAUCCGGAUAUUGUUUGAUGAUCUGCACAAGACAGGGAUCUUUACAUGGGAUUACUUGCACCAUCUGGGUUCUGACAAGUUUGGGCUGAUGCGAAAUUAUAUCAUAACUUUGAGAAAGCAUGGCCUUAGUCGGGAUCCUCAGAGAAGGAAAUGAUGGAGGCAGACAGUAUCUUUGUGGUGAGUUAAUUUUGUGAUAACAUGAAACCUCAUAGAAGACAUGCUGCCUGGAGCCCUGGGAUUGAGCCUCCAAAUAUCAGCGCAUUAUGCGCGAAGCUCGAGGUAAACUACUGAAUGCAGUCAGUUUUUAAGAAUGAGACCGGACGAAACAAUCUGGGAAGCCUGUCCUUUUUUGUACAAACAAAGGAUGUCUAUUCUUUUACCACGAGCCGAUGGCCUUGCUGAAAUUUCAACAUAUCUUCCGUUCUUCAGUUAGAGUAUUAAGAUGGUAAGAUGGAAAGGAUGAUAUUUGUUGAUGGUUGGGAUUCAGGGUGUGUUUGUUUUCUUGCCCAAAUAAAUCUUAAUACUCCGUAUGUUCCAUAUUAUAAA